AUGGUUCAGCUUCAGAUGAUUAUUCUAUAUUCAAAAAAAGAUGCAAAUUCACCAGCUCCAGAGCCCGGAAGGAAACGUGAAAAGAAACAGCAUUCAACAAAUAAUGUGGCAAACAUCAAAAUGAAAGAAGCCGGUAAUUUAAAUGGAAAGUUGUCCUUCACCGAUAUUUUAGGGCUUAAAUGGAUAAUAGAGAAUAGAGAACAAUUCGUUUGCCAAGUUUGCAUAAAAAAUAUAGGUUUCUGCUUCCAGAGCAAAUUUCUAAAAAAUUUUUUUGCAAAUCUGAAAACGAGAUUUAGUAAAGAUUCAAUUGAAAAAUUGGGUUCAAAUAAAGAAACCUGCUUUUAUCUUUUAUACAGUAAAAGUCCUCUAGAGAGGACACCAUUGGGGAAUGACCAAACUGUCUUCUCCUCUUAA